GGGAGAUGACCUAGGUCCGGAGAGGGGCCACAGGCGCCUGGAUUUUCUAAGCAUACCAGGUGCCGGCGUGGACCCUGGGACCAGGACAUCUGUGGAGGAUGCGCCCUCGCUCGCCCCGGGUCUCAGUCGUGCCUGACUUGCAGGCAGGAGGAUCCUCGCGGGCUGAGCUGAGGCGGCGAGAGAGGAGCGACGGUUUCCAACUUCCCUCUCUGUUCUGGAGGGUCCAGCAAAGGACCUGAGGGGAGGAAGCGCAAGUCCACGGCCCGCCCCGUUGCGUCCCACCCACAGCGUUCCCUCCCCUCUGGCUGCGGGAAAAGCGGCCGCAGGCGCCGCUGCUCGCUGUGGGGAGGGAGGGCACGGCUGAGGCGGAGGGCGGCAGCGGGUGGACGAGAUGCGAGCGCGGCCGCUCUGGGCCGCUGUGCUGGUGGUGGGGGCGCUGGCGGGCGUCGGCGUCGGAGGGCCCAACAUCUGUGCCACACGAGGUGUGAGCUCCUGCCAGCAAUGUCUGGCUGUGAGUCCCAUGUGUGCCUGGUGCUCAGAUGAGGAUCUGCCUCUGGGCACGCCCCGCUGUAACCUGGAGGAGAAUCUGCUGAACAAUCACUGUAACCCGAAGUACAUUGAGUUCCCCAUCAGUGAGGCCAGAAUCCUGGAGGCCAGGCCCCUGAGUGACAAGGGCUCUGGAGACAGCUCCCAGAUAACUCAAGUCAGCCCCCAGAGGAUCUUGCUCCGGCUCCGGCCAGAUGAUUCGAAGAGUUUCUCCGUCCAAGUCCGGCAGGUGGAGGAUUACCCUGUGGACAUCUACUACUUGAUGGACCUGUCUUUCUCUAUGAAGGAUGAUCUGGAGAGCAUCCAGAACCUGGGUACCAAGCUGGCUUCCCAGAUGCGUAAGCUCACCAGUAACCUGCGGAUUGGCUUUGGGGCCUUUGUGGACAAGCCUGUGUCACCUUACAUGUACAUCUCUCCACCACAGGCCCUCAAAAACCCCUGCUAUGAUAUGAAGACCACCUGUUUGCCCAUGUUUGGCUACAAACAUGUGCUCACACUAACUGACCAGGUGACCCGUUUCAAUGAGGAAGUGAAGAAGCAGAAUGUAUCACGGAACCGAGAUGCUCCAGAGGGUGGCUUUGACGCCAUCAUGCAGGCUACUGUCUGUGAUGAGAAGAUUGGCUGGAGGAACGAUGCAUCCCACUUACUGGUGUUUACCACCGAUGCCAAGACCCAUAUAGCGCUGGAUGGAAGGCUGGCAGGCAUUGUCCAACCCAAUGAUGGACAGUGUCAUGUUGGCAGUGACAACCAUUACUCUGCCUCCACUACCAUGGAUUAUCCUUCUCUGGGGCUGAUAACUGAGAAGCUAUCCCAGAAAAACAUCAAUUUGAUCUUUGCAGUGACAGAAGGUGUAGUUAGUCUUUACCAGAACUACAGUGAACUGAUCCCAGGGACCACAGUGGGGGUGCUGUCCUCCAAUUCCAGCAAUGUCCUCCAGCUCAUUGUGGAUGCUUAUGGCAAAAUCCGCUCUAAAGUGGAGCUGGAAGUGCGUGACCUCCCCGAGGAGCUGUCGUUAUCCUUCAAUGCCACCUGUCUCAACAACGAGGUCAUCCCAGGCCUUAAGUCUUGUGUUGGACUCAAGAUUGGAGACACGGUGAGCUUCAGCAUUGAGGCCAAGGUGCGUGGCUGCCCCCGGGAGAAGGAGAAGUCCUUCACCAUCAAGCCUGUGGGCUUCAAAGACAGCCUCACUGUCCAGGUCACCUUCAACUGUGACUGUGACUGCCAGGCUCAAGCUGAGCCUGACAGCCCCCGCUGCAACAAUGGCAAUGGGACCUUUGAGUGUGGGGUGUGCCACUGUGGGCCUGGCUGGCUGGGGUUCCAGUGUGAGUGCUCGGAAAAGGACUACCGCCCCUCACAGCAGGAUGAGUGCAGCCCCCAGCAGGGCCAGCCCAUCUGCAGCCAGCGGGGCGAGUGUCUCUGUGGCCAGUGUGUCUGCCACAGCAGUGACUUUGGCAAGAUCACAGGCAAGUACUGUGAGUGUGACGACUUCUCCUGUGUCCACUACAAGGGGGAGAUGUGCUCAGGCCAUGGCCAGUGCAGCUGCGGGGACUGUCUGUGUGACUCCGACUGGACUGGUUUCUACUGCAACUGUACCACGCGCACCGACACCUGCUUGUCUAGCAACGGGCUGCUGUGCAGCGGGCGGGGCAAUUGCGAAUGCGGCAGCUGCGUCUGCAUCCAGCCAGGCUCCUACGGGGACACCUGUGAGAAGUGUCCCACCUGCCCUGAUGCCUGCACCUUUAAGAAGGAGUGUGUGGAGUGUAAGAAGUUUAACCGGGGAUCCCUCUACGAGGCAAAUACUUGCAGCCGUUACUGUCGUGAUGAGAUUGAGUCUGUGAAGGAGCUUCAGGACAGUGGCAAGAAUGCAGUGAAUUGUACCUACAAGAAUGAGGAUGACUGUGUCGUCAGAUUCCAGUACUAUGAAGACUCCAGUGGAAAGUCCAUCCUGUAUGUGGUAGAAGAGCCAGAGUGUCCCAAGGGCCCUGACAUCCUGGUGGUCCUGCUUUCAGUGAUGGGGGCCAUUCUGCUCAUCGGCCUUGCUACUCUGCUCAUCUGGAAGCUCCUCAUCACCAUCCAUGACCGGAAGGAGUUUGCUAAAUUUGAAGAAGAGAGAGCCAGAGCCAAAUGGGACACAGCCAACAACCCCCUGUAUAAAGAGGCCACAUCCACCUUCACCAACAUCACCUACCGGGGCACUUAAUGACAAGCAGUCAUCCUCAGAUCACUGUCAGACUGUCCCAGGAUUGUGGGUGUCUCUGCUGUCAUGUUUACAGGGGGCAAUAUCUGUGGGGCAGAACUGGGGGCUUGGAGUGGGAUGGGUUGGAAGAGUGUGUGUGUGUGUGUGUGUGUGUGUGUGUGUGUGUGUGUGUGUGCGCGCGCGCGCUGUGUGUGGGGGCGUGUAUAAUUUAAAACUUGUGAUAUGUUCCAGUAAGUGGGGCUUCUCAGCCUUUGUCCUCAAAAUGCCUCCUUCAGGGAGUCUUCCUGCUUCACCUGAGGGUGACCUACACAGCUGAGCAGGUUUCUUCAUUACCUCAGUGGGAAGCCAGCUUUCCUUCUCAGGCCAUUUUCUUGAAGAGAAGGGCAAGGCUCAGGCCUCUCGUUCCAGAGAAAUGGACCUUGAUUUACCCAGUCUGUGGUUCUUGGGCCUGGCUCUCAGCCAGGCUUUGUAUGUCUUCUGUGCCUCACUCUCCUCUCCUUUCCCUCAGGCCAAAGGAGAAACCGGCGGGGGGUUGGCGGGGGGGGGGGGGACCGAACCAUCAGGGCUGUCUGUCUUUGCCAUCACCCCAACCCAUCAUGGUUCUCUCAUAAGGGAAGUCCUUGCUGCCUCAUCUUCUAUUUGGGAGUGAGGAUGGCAGGGCCACCCAGGGGUCAUGCAUGGCCUUGGGGAAGGUGCCCGAGUCCCCAGUUCAUAAUUAUAACCCUUCGGAUUUGCCUCGUUGGCAGCUCCACCCCAGAGGUUCCCUUAGAAGUGUAUCACCCUUAGACCAGCAUCACCUCUUUACCUCCUAUUCCACCCUCUCAUGGCUGUUGACAUUUGAUAGGUACUAGGAAUCUCUCUCACUACCAAAAGCUUUUCCUCUCAGGGAAAGUGCUCUGGUUAGAGCCAGAGGUCUGGUCUCACCCUUCAGGCCUUUUGCCCCUUGUCCCAGGCACCUCCACACACCCAACCCUGUAUUUCUAUGUGCUAUGCCACCCAUGGGGCUGAUUGUAUUUAUUUACCUCUUGGGUGUCUUGUGAAGGAGUCAUUCCCAUGGGUCUCUGAGUCUGCUGGGGACAAAUGCCAGGGUGGAAUGAUGGGCCCAUUGUAUCAGCAUGUGUGGCCCAUUCUCCCAGGGGCCAGGCAACCUCGUUAUAAAUCAGUCUUUAAUCUGAGAGUGCAAUUGUUUUAUUUUUCUCAUUGGAGCACCUGAAACCAUGGUGAGGCCUGCUUAAUAUAAAGGAGCAUAAACAUAAACACAUGUCCAUUAUAUUUGUAAUUUUAUUUGAUGAUGAGGAAGUAGAAGAUAAAAAAAACCACACAGACUUGAGCUGGAUGCAGACUCUCGCACUUGGCAAAUUCAUAGCAGUGACUGCCCAGUGGCUGGGUCUAUAACGGCUCUCUGAUCCUGGAAGCCUGUGGGGAUAGACACAUGGACAAGCCAGACCUUUCCCGAGGAGGAAAAAUGGGCUCUUCUUUUUUUUCUAGCAAAAGCAGUUGCUCCAUUGAUGUUUACAUUCAUUCAAUAUUAACAGCUCCACCACUCCCCAAGAAAAAGGAAAUGGCCUAUAAACAGUGGUCUGAGGGUCAGAAAAUCUAAGGCCUGGCCUCAGUGUUGCAGCUAAGGAACUUUAACCUUAAGGCAAGUCACUUUCUUCUCCCUGGGGCUAGUUUCAUUUUCUAGAUUGAAACAUGAUGGGUUUGGACCAGCCAGUCUAGAAAGUCUCCUUCUGUAUCAACAUUCUAUGAUGCUGGGACUUACUGUGGCAUCAAGCAUGCAUUUAAGAUUCUGGGGGAUGUUGAUUAGUGUUUAUUUUUUUCAGUUGGGAGAUUGGAGAGACCUGGUUUGGUAGGAGCAGAUGUUCUCCAAUAUCGCCUUUCUCAAUGAAAAACCCUCAUCCUGGAGUUCCCAUCGUGGCUCAGUGGUUAACGAAUCCGACUAGGAACCAUGAGGUUGCGGGUUCGGUCCCUGCCCUUGCUCAGUGGGUUAAGGAUCCGGCGUUGCCGUGAGCUGAGGUGUAGGUUGCAGACGCGGCUUGGAUCCCGAGUUGCUGUGGCUCUGGCGUAGGCCAGCAGCUACAGCUCUGAUUGGACCCCUAGCCUGGGAACCUCCACAUGCCACGGGAGUGGCCCAAGAAAUGGCAAAAAGACAAAAAAAAAAAAAAAAAGAAGAAGGAAAAGAAAACCCUCAUCCUAUCCUCUUUCAGAACCCCUUCUCCCACUUUUGUCAGCAGUUACACCUUCUGAUGUAGCACUUAAGCUCCACUUGGUUAUUACUUCUUUGCUCACUUUGCACAAAGUUUCAUCCAGGUGUUAGGGAAGAAGAAGCCCUAAGAACUAGCUGAAAUGGGUCUUUUGUAUCCAUAUGUUAACAUUGAGAAUAAGCCUUGGGAUUAGGAUGGGGACAGAUGCUGAGCCUUGUCUCACUCAUGAUAACUCCUCCUAGUAGGGAAUGGCUAUGUAGUAAGGGGAUAAAUGCAGAGGGAUGUUUAUGAACCCAAGAAAUUUAGACUCUCACUCUUACCUUUGGCUAUGGGAAGAGACUCCCUUGGAGUAGCACUUGGUCCUUAUAUGGAGCACCUGGUUCUUCAUAUAAGAUAGUUUAUGUGAAGAAACUGUAUCCAAGGAUGAGGAACAUAUAUCCAAAGGAUGAAAAAAUCAGUGGUUCUUGUCUGAGCUUUUGGAAUGAGGCUUAUAGGCUUUGAAGACCAGGACUGUUUAUGUGUGGGGAGAACCUUUAGCUGUAUUCAUGACAUAGCCAAUAGCAGUCAGUUUUGGCAUGUAGGGUGAACAUCUAAAGAGUAUUUUAGCAUCAGACAACACAGCCCAAAGAGGUUAUUUGUGCCUAGCUCUUUGGGAGAUAUUUUAUGUUCAAUCUCAGGAUCUUGGACAGUAAUGGGAAACUUUGAACAUUCCUGACAAGUUUUCAUGUAAGAAAUCAGUUUGUUUGUUUUUUUGUUUUGUUUUGUUUUACCUCUCAGAUGUUCCUAGACCAUCCAUGAUUUCAAGAUACUUCUCUUUUUUAAGUAUUCCUGGUUGAAAUUACCUAUGUGCCUUCCUGACUUCCUGCCUCCUUUGUUUAAAUUGUGCAACAGUGAAUUAAAUGUGCUUUCCAAAAAGAA